UGCCGUCGGAGCGUUCCAGCAUGGAGCGCGAGCCGAGCGCCACGGCAGCCGCCCCUGCUGCGGCCGCGCUCUUCGCCUGGGGUGCAAAUAGCUAUGGGCAACUUGGCCUUGGCCACAAGGAAGAUGUGCUUUUGCCCCAGCAGCUGAGCGACUUCUGUAAUCCUGGAUGUGUCAAGAGGAUCACGGGAGGAGGGGGUCACUCUGCUGUUGUCACAGAUGAAGGAAGCCUUUUUGUCUGUGGCCUGAACAAAGAUGGGCAACUGGGGCUUGGUCACACCGAGGAUGUCCUGUACUUUACCCCCUGCAAAUCCCUCCUUGGAUGUCCCAUCCAACAGGUGGCCUGUGGCUGGGAUUUUACCAUUAUACUUACAGAAAAUGGUCAAGUUCUAUCAUGUGGAUCCAAUUCCUUUGGCCAAUUAGGAAUUCCUCAUGGGCCUCGAAGAUGUGUGGUCCCCCAGGCCAUUGAGCCCCUGAGAGAGAAGGUUGUUAGUAUUGCUGCUGGACUCAGGCAUGCUUUAGCUGCAACAGCUAGUGGCAUGGUGUUCCAGUGGGGAACUGGUUUGGCAUCAUCUGGACGGCGGUUGUGCCCUGGGCAGACUCUCCCACUGUUUUUGACAGCAAAGGAACCAAGCAGAGUGACAGGCCUAGAGAAUUCUCAAGCAGUAUGUGUUCUUGCUGGCUCAGACCACUCAGCUUCACUGACAGAUGCAGGAGAGCUGUUUGUUUGGGGAAGCAACAAGCAUGGGCAACUGGCUUCCCAUGCUGCUUUCCUUCCUGUGCCCCGGAAGAUAGAAGCACAUUGUUUUCGGAAUGAAAAGAUCGCUGCUGUCUGGAAUGGGUGGACACACCUAGUUGCUCAGACAGAAACUGGCAAGGUGUUUACCUGGGGCCGAGCAGACUACGGUCAACUGGGGAGGACAUUGGAGUCUCAUGAAGGCUGGAAACCAAAGAAGCAGGAUCCAUCCAUCCGCUGCUCCAGGCCAUCAAAGAGCACACCUUCCUCUCUGCAUUGCUUAACGGGAGCAACUGAGGUCUCCUGUGGCUCAGAGCAUAAUCUGGCAGUGAUUGUGGAAGGUGUGUGUGAUUAAGUCAUCCUGGGAGAAGAAGGCAAAUACAGCUGAGCCCUGAAGGAUGAAGCAGGAUUUGACCAUCAGGAGACGGAGGAGGAAAGGGGUCUCUGCCCUGCUCUUCCUCCUACACCCUACGCCCCGCCCAGGCUUCAGCCACCACUGCUCUGGUGUGACAGGACGCCGACUGCCAUGGGCCGUUUGCUGCAGGACCUGGCCAGCUGUGACCCUGGCGGAGCCUCCUCCCUUGCUUGUCAGAUUUGGUGCAAUGCCCUGAAACAUGUACUGCAAAGUGACAGAGAUUCUUCCUGGCAGCUCUGGGAAGGUUUACAGUAGGAGGGGAGACACAUGGGGCCCUUGGCAGGGGAUGGCAGGUUGGAAGGAGCUACCUUUUCUAGUGAUUAUGCCUGCCCCUCCUAAGGGGCUGAGAGGCAGGAGCUAUUGCUUUGCAUGUGUGAUGUUAGACUGAGGGUGUUUCGUGUCUUUAUUUUAAAACUGGUUUCUCAGUCUCCUGUGCAGUUUUCUGUCAGCUUGUUGCCAUGGAGAAAUCGGUUGCGGCUGAAAGCUCUGUCCCUCUCUGUGUCAGCAUUUCUGGACCUGCCAGCUGCCUCCUGCCCCUUCUACAAAUGGGGGGAGCACAGACCCUCCCUCUGCAAGGCCUGGAGCUGCGUCGUGACUCCCUGUCAGGGAGGAGCCUCCUUUAUCCACACAUCGGCUCAGCAACUCUGCCUUGAGUGCCUUCAUGUGCCAGGCACCGUGCUGGGUGCUGCAAGGACAACGAUGACUGUGGCUGGGGACACAUGCAUCUUCAGGCAGGACCCGCCGGCAUGCUGUCACACCGUCCUGUUCAUCAGCCUCAUUCUUACUUCAGAAUUUAAAGGACCGGGUUCGUUUCUCUUUCAGUCUUGGUCGCUGCUCGUUUAGAAUCUCCCUGGAAGUCACCUCCUAGUCUCUGCACUCCUAGAUCUCGUUUCUUCUCUGUGUCCCCAGUGCCCAGCACAGGGCCUGGGGCAAAGAGGGGCUCACCCAGGAAGUGUCCGUCUAAUGGAAUCCUUCCUCAGACCUGUCCGUCUGUCCUGUCUUUACUCCUCAGUUCUGAGCACAGAGACAGCGUGUGUGGCAGCGUCAGCCAGUGGAUAAAGGAAGGACUUUGGGACCAGAUACAUCUGUGCUUGAGUUUUGGUUCCACUUUUUCCUAGCUCUGUAAUCUCAAGCAAGUGGCUUUUUCACCUGGAGGCUUAAUCAAACCCAAUACAUUUCUUUAACUCCACAUCACCAGUCUGUCAGUAAUUCAGUAAUUUUGACAUUUUAAAAAACAACAUAUAACUUACUGGUGGCCAUUAACUCCAUCAGGUGCUCUCCUUCUAUACCUGUAUAGGACCCAGCUGAGAAAAGGUGCCCUGCAGAGAGUCCUGGGUUGGGAUCAAGAGACCUGGACUAUGCCCUGGCUGUGACCCUAAUGAAUUGUAUGACCUGAUCAAAUCCCUUUCCUUACCAAGACCUCAGUUUCCCUAUUCGAAAAAUUCAGGUAUUGGAUUGGGUGAUCUUGAAGGGUUCUUUUUGCUCUAAAAGUCUGAAGACUCGGCUUUAAAGGAAAAAUCUUCCCUCAGCUGCUGCUACCACCAUCACCAAUGCCCCAGGCUAGAGGCUGACCUCAGCAUGAACCCUUCUGCCAGCCUCUGGAAGCUGCUUUCCCAGGAAGCUCUGGGCUAGAACCCUGGCACUGGAUGCAAAAAUCUCUUUCGGAUGUAAAAGUCCCUUUGAAUGCAUCAUCUCUAUUCCCACCCCCAGUCCAGUGGCUGGGCUUGGCUUGCAUCCCAGAACAGUGGAGAAUUGCUGGAAGGAGGGUUUUUUCCCUUCUUCACCUGUGUCUUGCUUUUCCUUCGGACCUGAUGCCUUCAGGAGCCUUUGGCUACUGAGGAUUCUAUUUCCCAAGCUCCCUGCGAUCCAGGGCUCUGUGCUAAGCACUGAGAAGGAUGCAGAGAUAUAGAAGUCAUUGUCCCCACAGUCUCACAAUCUGUGACGUAGACGGGCGAAACAAACCAGAGCUUGAAGGUCGCAGGAGGCUGUCCAGGGAAUCUAGUCGUAGCUCUUCUCUUGGGCAAGUUCUUCCCUCUACAGACCCAAGCUUCCUCUUCUGCACAGUUGGGAGGAUUGCGCCAAUGAUCGCUACGUUCCCUUCCAGCUCUGAAACUUCCAUUCUAAGUGCUCAGUGAAGGAGUGAUUGUUGUAGACUUUCUAGAGAAAGGAGGACUUGAGCUGAGCCUUGAAGGCUAGGCUAAGAUUUGGCCUGGCCCAGGAGAGAUAAGGGAGGGUGGUGUAUGAACACAGGCAGAGACUGGCAAGGCGGGAGGCCCUGCUCACUAGAGCAAUCUCUGAGCAGGCGGCUCUUGCCUUCCACCUGAGGACCCUCGUCCCCAGGAGCUUGGGGCACUGGUGGUACCUGCAGGACAGAGAAGCAAACGAGGCAGGCGGAAACCAGGGCUCCCUCCCUACCUGGACGCCCCAGUCUGAUGUAUAUCGUGGCAGAAGGACCUCCACCAGGAAGACACGGGGUCAAAGCCAGGAGAGGCCACCCCUCUCCGGGUCUUUUCCUUCUCACUCCUAUCAGCAGGUCUUGGUCAGAAGGACCAGGGCAGUGUGUGAAAGGGUAAGUCUUCCUGGGAAAGCUGCCCUUCGUUCGUGGUCUGUUCCUCUCCAAACGUUUUUCUGAACUCAGGGUGACAAGAGGAAUAUUUCAACUUGUCUUUGGGUUAGAUUCUAGACUCAGUCUACCAGGACGCGUGACUCAAGGAAUCACACACCCUAGACCUAGAGGUGACCUCCAUCCUCCCAGUCUUCUGACUAAGGCUGUCUGAUCCUCUCAGCACCCGCCCCUAACCACAGCUUCACAGAUCCUGCCUCCUUGUUUCUCUCCAGCCAUCCCUCUUCUGCAUCCUCCUGUCUCCAAACAGGUCUCCCUAGUCCCUCCUCCACCGUCAGUCUAAAGCGUUCAGAAAAGUGCCUGGCACAGCGUAAGGGCUCCAUAAGUGUUAUCUAUCAGGACGACAAUGACAGUGAUGAUCAUUAUUAUCCAGAUUUUGCUUCUGAAGCACAGCUCUGAUUCUGCUGCUUUCUUGCCCGAAAGCUUUAGUGGCUUCUGUGUGGCUCCUGAGUAAAGUCCAAGUCUUCAGUCAGGCCUUUGGAGGAUUGUAUUUCCCGAACCAUUGGCAAUGAUGCGCACCCUGCCUGUCACUCCAAAUUUAUUUCUUCUACCACUUUUUACAUUUCUUCCAAACUGAACUAGCAUCAUUAGCUCUAUAAGCUCCCCCUACCUCCUCUGCUAGGCCUUUGUUCCCACUGUGCUCCCUACUUGGAAUGCCCUUCUUCCUGUCUCCCCUAACUUCCUUUUUCUGCUAGGAAGUCUGCUGAUCCCCUAGACUCGAUGGCAGAUGCCACGAACAGUUCAUCCUAUACCCCUGAUGGCAUCUACCAAAUAAAACUCAAUAAAUGUUUUAUGAAUGGCUGGGAAGACCUGGUUCAGCCCCUGUUUUCAAGCAGGAUAGAGUUUGCAUGAGGCAAGCUCGGUCGCCAAGGCCUGUCCAGCCAGGCCUCUAUGCCUGUAUAUUUCCUUAGAGGUUCUGGAAGUUCCAUGGGGUCUGUGGGCACACAUUCAGUUAGCUAGUUCCAUGUGCUCAUGAUCCCUUUAUUCUGUGUACAAGCAAACUGGCAGGAGAAGGUACAAACCCAGGGGAACCAUAUCAGCUGUGGAGUUAGCUCCUGCUAGGUGGGGAUGGAGAUCAGCCAUCCGAGGUGUAGGGGCCUGUAUGAUCCUGGGAAUGUCAGUAUCCUGGAGAGCCCAUUUGGGGUCCUUCAGCAGGCGGGCCAGGGCUCUGACAGAGGAAUCAUAAGGUAAUUAUCAGGCAUUCAAAUUCCAAGUGUCCAGCCAGAGAGCAACUUGGGGGACAGAUGAAAGGGUCAGAUAAAGGUUCAGGUGGUGGGAUGGCAGGAGAGUCUAGGCAGGAUGUCAGGGUUCUGCCCAGCCAGCUAGAGUUUGACUCAGGCCUCUAUCCCCAGAAGCCCCUAGUUUAGGGCUCACUAGUCCUAUGGCUAGGCAUUCCCAGUGGGAGUCAGCAGGGAUGCUAUUAAAGGGAAAUGAGCUCCCUUUCCGGUCAGGAUUGACUUGGAAAUAGACAUGACCUCAAUUUGGAAACAGCUUCUGCUGGGCUUCAGGUCCCUUAGGCGAGCAGGUCUAGGGGAAGCAGUGGCUGACAUGUCCUCAGGCCCAGAAGUGAGUCCUGCCUCCCCUCCUGGGUCACAGUCUGGCCCACCAGGCCUUUGCCUCCAUUUCAAACUCAAGCCAUGAUCAUGCCUCCCUCUGGGCCACCAUUUGGAAAAGCCAAUCUCAGGCUGACACUUGCUGCCUGUAAAUGGUGUGGAAUUAGGCUAAUCAGUGGCUCUUAAUUCUCCAACAAAUGUAGAUGCUGUGCUAAUUGCCAGGGUCCAUGCCAGCAGAUCCCUGGUUGGUGGCAUCAAACAAGAGAAGUGGUAAUUUGGGGGCUGGAGUGGGGGAGGGCCUGCUUUGUUGGCUGAGCCAGUUAAAACCGUAUUACCCCUUGAGCGAGACACAGUGCAGAGAGCCAGAGCCUGGCCCCCUUCUCAGCCAAGGGGCUGGGGGAGAGGCCCACAAGUGUGUUUGCAGGAGCUGAACCUCAGCACCAGCGGAGCAGUUUUCGGUCCAUUAAUGGGGUUUUGUUGUCAUUGUUGUUCCCCAAGGAAGAUUCCACCAGCAACCUGGCAUGGCACUGCCAGGGCAGCUCACUGGGGAUAAAGCAUCCCAAACCUUGGUCUGCUGUUACCAUGGCAACAUGGCAUUUCCAGACUCUCCAGGCAACCUUACUGGCAUCUGCUGCUGUGAAAGAUUCAGAUGGAGAAGGGCCACUGCUCUUUCUCCAUUAGAGACGGAGCAAAUUGGGAAGACAGGGAGCCAUGUACCAAGGACCAGGAAAAUGCUGUUCCAUUGAUGUGAGGGCUUCUUGAUGAAAUAGAAUUUGAAUGUCUGUUAUAGUCUCUUGGGGAGAGCUGCAGGAUCAGAAGAGGACCCCUAGAGGAGAAAAAUAAGGGGAGAUGGGGGAACGUAAGGGGACAGUGUGACAAAGGCCUUACUGGGGAGGUAGCUGGAGUGUGGAGAUGGCAUGGGCAGUUCAGUUUGGUGGGAGAAUGGACGUUGGUGGAGGUGGGCAAGUGUCAGCUAUGCCUCUCUGAAACCUGCUGGUUUGAACCCUAUGUGGCAAAAGUCCUACCUUUGGCCUCAUUCUACCCAGAUUAUGUCCUAUGGCUUCCUCUCCUGAGGUAUGGGAACUGAUCUCCACACCUCACACUUCACGUCAGGUGGACAUUUCUUGCUUUCUGUCUUGGUUCGUAGUUGUUUGCAGUACGCCCACUAGAAUCAUUGACCCUCUACAUUCCACAGAGAGAGCUGAAACCCAGAGAGGAAGGUGUCUGCCUAAGGUCCCCAGCAAUACGGAGGCCAUGGAAGACAGGGGUUAGAGCUUAGGAUCUGAGACAGACUGACCUGGGUUCGAGUCCUGGCUGCAUCACUUAGUUUUCCAGUGAGCCUGAGCCUCAGCUUCUUUAGGGGUGAAAUAGGAAUCUUGAACAUUCCUACCCUGUUGGGGUAUUAUGAGUGUGAAAUGAGACCAUGGAAGUAGUACAGCAAAGUUCUUGGUAUAUAGUAAGAACUCAGGAAAUGUUGGUAAUUAAGAGACUGGGAAUUCCUUAACAAUGGGGACUAUCUUAUUCAUCCUUGCUCAUUCCUCCUCUUACUUCCUUGCAUAGCUGAGGCACCCAAAUACUACUCUCUCUGGAAUUGAUACUAGAAGGAUGUUUGUUAACUGGAUGAAUGCAUGAAUGCUCGAAAUAAAGAACUGUUCACUUUGAUGGGCUGUAUGCUCCUGUUGAAUGUUUUCAGCUUCGGUGAUGUUUGGUCUCCAUCGGACUGGAACCAGGCCAAGCCGAGAGUCUGUCCUGUGUAGCUCAGCUGCACAGUAAAGUGACUUGCUGUUCAGGUCCCAUACCUACCAGCCCUGUGACCCAGGGCUUAUACUCUCCAGAGCUGUGGGUUUCUUUUCUUUCUUUUUUUUUUUUUUUGUGUAUGCGGGCCUCUCACUGUU